AUGGGGCUUUUAAACAGCCGGAUCUUGGGAAGCCAGGAUUCCAGUUUGGUAGAUUUAGAGCCACCAGAAGCUACACCAGGACCCAGUUUCGCGUCAAGAAGCCGCAAGCGCAAACUGAGCAGUUGUGACUGUUUGGGACCAAGGGUUGACAUCCGUGAAUCUGAAAACCAGGGAGUGAAUCUGCUUCAAGUGCUUGGCAUUUUUUGCAGAAAAAGAGUCAAGAUUGCAUCGAGGCAUGCCUACCAGACCUUAUUUUUGAAAGGGGAGGAUAGUGACAUUAAAAUCCGUGCUCUAGGAAAAAUAUGGCGUUUACACAAAGUAUUUUUAUGUCAGUCAGGCUACUUUGCUAAUACCCUCAAAGGUACUUGGAAAGAAUCGAACAACGACAUUAUUGAACUGGGAGUUAAGGACGAGAGUAUAGAUAGAAGAUCUUUACACUUUGUGUUCGGUUCCUUGUACCUGGACGAAGACUUGCCAUUAAAACCUCUUCAAGUUCCUCACGUGUUGGCAGCAGCCUGCCUGCUCCAGGUACAGCGCGUGAUUCAGCUAUGUAAUGAGACCAUGAAGAAAACCAUCGGUAUGAAAACUGUAUGUUCGUAUUACAUAGCGGCAGAAACACACAGGUUGAAAGCUGUGAAAACAAGAUGCUUUGAAUGGCUUCUUCACAAUUUCAUGACACAUGCAAGAGUUCAGCUUUACAAGGAACUGGAUGUAAAGCUUGUGUACUUACUUGUAUCGUCUUCCGAUUUACUAGUGAUGGGAAAGGAGAUCGAUGUGUACAGCAGAGUUAAAGAAUGGAUGUUCCUCUGUCUUCAUCCAAGCUGGAAAGGUUCCGUGGAUCAGCUUUUAGACUGUACCAACAGCUGGCUUUCCCAGCACAUGGAACGUUUGGGUAGCAUGACUUUUCUUGAAAGUGAGGAAGGACUGGUGUUCCAGCCAGUGUUUAAACAGCUGAGGCUUCAGCACAUCAUCUAUGACCUGCCCCCCACACGCAUUCUCGAGCGAGAUCGUCUAAUACCUUCAGAAUGGCUGUCAUCUGUGUAUAAACAGCAGUGGCUGGCUUUGUUUCACGCACAACAAGACGAGGAAAUUGGACCACAAACCAUCAAUGAAGAAGAACUUGAAAGGUGCAGUAUGAGAUGCGGUAAAAGGAUCAGGAAAGACGGUAAAUACUCUUGGAAGUGGUCAGCUUGCAAAUUUAGCUUUCCUUUACUUGUCACCUUUACUAGUUACUGCAUAAUUUUCAAGCAAAGGCAUCCGCGGUGUGACGGCUCUCCCUGUCUAAAUCAUAGAAGAAAUGUAGUAUUCAGAAUAACUUUGGUGCAUUUUGACUCCGAUGGGAAAAUCGCUUUUAGGAAGACAACUGGUUAUAAAACGCUUACCCUUGGCGACGAGGAGCAUGUUGUAAUGAAGUUGGGUGACACAGCAUUACCUUUCCCUUUAUACAUAUUCUGUAAUUUCCUCUUCAUAUUGCCAACUGCCGAAGACCUUGCCAAGUAUUAG